AUGGAUGUCUUCUUGGUGGUUGUCUUAGCCGCCAUUACACUUGUCGCAGGCGAAGUCCCAGGCUAUUCAAUUGGUGUUGCGAAUCGUAAUGCAACCUUUGACUACAUUGUAAUCGGUGGUGGCACAGUAGGCCCACGGUCGCUGCGCGUCUCGCUGAGGGCACAUCGGAUAAGGUUGCGAUCAUUGAAGCAGGCGGCUUCUACGAGGUUGAUAGUGGUGAAGCAAGUGUGA